AUGCAAGCAAUUAAAUGUGUCGUAGUCGGUGAUGGUGCUGUCGGUAAGACUUGUCUCCUUAUUUCAUACACAACCAAUGCCUUCCCAGGUGAAUACAUUCCAACUGUAUUCGAUAAUUACAGCGCUAAUGUCAUGGUUGAUGGUAAACCAAUUAAUCUUGGUCUCUGGGAUACUGCCGGUCAAGAAGAUUACGAUCGUCUCCGUCCACUCUCCUACCCACAAACCGAUGUUUUCCUUAUUUGUUUCUCUAUCAUCUCCCCAUCUUCAUUUGAAAACGUUACAGCCAAGUGGCACCCAGAAAUCCAACACCACGCUCCAAACGUUCCAAUCAUCCUCGUUGGAACCAAGUUGGAUAUGCGUGACGACAAGGAAACCCAAGACCGUUUGAAGGAAAAGAAGUUGUACCCAAUCAACUAUGAACAAGGUCUUGCCAAGAUGAAGGAAAUCAACGCUGUCAAAUACCUCGAAUGUUCUGCCCUCACCCAAAAGGGUUUGAAGAACGUUUUCGAUGAAGCCAUCCGUGCCGUCAUCAACCCACCCAUCCACAAGAAGAAAAAGUCAUCAUCUGGUUGUCUUAUCUUGUAA